AUGCUUUGCUCCGCUUGUAUCGCAGCACUUACCACGGACAUUGAGGAGCGGAUGUGUCGAGACGCAAGUCUAAUUCAAAAUUUGGACAAGAGAGUCCAUCAUCCUUCUUCUAAGAGCUUUUACAAAGCGACUGAGGACAAAUGCUACAUUUGCCUCAACCUUUUGCACCUAUGGGAGCAUAAAUUCAAGCUUCGCCUUCCGUUUCCCUCACAACUGGAUGGGGAGACUCUUCUAGAAAGUGGCGACAAGAUAUCCGGCGCUCUACACUUCUCCCACUUCUAUCUGAGUCGAGGCGAGACCUCUUUCCACCCCGUGUCUUGGCCCGAGAGUAGCUUGGACGAGUCCUUCGCCAUCAUCAUUUACCUAGAGGAUAGCUACAAGAACGCAGUCCAACCGUGGAGUAUCGAGACUAUCCUUGUAUCCUUUGUGGUAAAUCCCUACAACCACGUGCAACAACUACUACCGAAGAGAAACUUGUCGGGUAAUACGGGGCACGACGCAAGUUUCUGGGAAGUACAAGAAUGGCUCCGCGCAUGCAGUGAUAGUCAUCAAGCCUGUAAGGCAAUUUAUGGAUCAACGGGCACCCGCCCGACUCGCAUCGUUAACCUUUCCCAUGCUAAGGACUUUGGUAUUGUGAGGGUGCAGGAUGGAGAUGUUUCCUUCUGUGCUCCAUACGCAACAUUGAGCCAUUGCUGGGGCGCAUCACCUCAUACACGUCUACUCAAGGAGAAUCGAGCCGCGUUUUGCCAUGGGGUUCUCGUUUCUCAGCUACCUCGAGUCUACCAGGAAGCCAUAGAUAUAGGGCUACGACUCGGAGUACAGUAUCUCUGGAUUGAUAGCCUGUGCAUCGUGCAAGACGACGAAGCCGAUUGGCUGAGGGAAGCAAGCAGAAUGUUCGACAUAUAUCGAAAUGCACUGAUCAACAUUGGAGCUACAGGGCCCUCUGAUGGACAUGGGACUUGUUUUAUUGAACGCGACCGAAACCUUCUCGGCCCUUGCCUGUUCAACAAGCAGACCGGCCAACAUGUGGACUCAGAACCAGAGCAUCCUCAAACCACCUGGCAUGUUGUGGAGGAACGUUUCUGGAUCGACAGACUACACCGACAAGCCUUAAAUCGAAGGGCAUGGGUCUUGCAAGAGCGACUGAUCUCACCACGCAUGGUUCACUUCGGAGCGGAUCAAAUCUACUGGGAGUGCCACGAGCUACACGCUUGUGAAGUCUAUCCCAAAGGCCCACUGGCGAUGCAUGAAUUGCAGGCGCUCAAGGCUGUCCACACGGCUGUGAUUCUACAGGUGUUCGCCGCUCGAAAUCCACGGAGGGAGGUUCAUUCGAUAUAUCCGACGAUUGGGAGCUCGCAAAAUGAGCUAGCCCUAUUCUCGUGGAGCGACAUCAUUUGGCAAUAUGGUCGGCUUGAACUAACAGUUCCAAGUGAUAGGCUAAUCGCCCUUUCCGGCUUGGCUAGGCAUAUGCAGGAUCUGGUGCAAGAUGAAUACGUUGCUGGACUGUGGAGGUCUGCCAUGAUCACGGGACUACUAUGGAGGGUGAAUCAUCGAGAGCGACAACGGGAUGGCGAGGAGACCGCUGCACGUCGGCUCGUUGGCGCUCAUGUACCAAGCUGGUCAUGGGCGUCGAUGCACGGAAACAUAUAUACAUUGCUGACACCAGAUGCCAAUCUGAAGAAAGGUGGACUUGAUGUUCACAUUGCUAUCAAGGACAUAGCAUUGGAACAUGUCGGUGAUCGAUAUGGUAAUCUUCACAGCGCUGUCCUCAAGGUGGAGUGUCGACUCUGGCCCGCCGCGUUCCUAGACGAACGCUUGAGAUAUCGCUACCGUCGUUGGUUCGGUACACAGCUACCGUUCAUCGACAUUGGGCAUGAGGAGUGGAAACCGCCACAAGAGUUCGACUGUUACCCGGAUGAGCCGCUUCAGCUUGGCGACAUUGACAUGGGAGCGAAUUUGUAUUUAAUGCCCGUCGCUUCUGUGAGGCGUGACGAGCUUGUGGGAACCGAAGGCCUGAUUCUACGAAGAUAUGAAGACGCUGAGGAGAAGGAUGUUUGGUAUGAGCGCUUCGGGUACUUUCAGAGGUAUCUAUCCAAAGACGACUUCGUCACAAUGGCAGAAAGGGCCCAGGAUGGUGCGGCUGGGGUGAUCGAGAUAAUCUAG